CCUGCGCGCAACCCGCCGCGCAACCCGCCGCGCUGCGCAUCUCGCUGCCCCCAUCGCCGCACCAUGAAGGCGCUCCUGCUCGCCGUGCUGGCUGCGCUGCUGUGCGUGGAGAGAGCCCAUACACUCAUCUGCUUUUCAUGCUCGGAUGCAUCUUCCAACUGGGCCUGCCUGACGCCUGUCAAGUGUGGGGAGAAUGAAAACCACUGUGUGACAACGUACGUUGGAGUGGGGUUAGGUGGCAAGUCUGGCCAGUCCAUCUCCAAAGGAUGCUCUCCCAUUUGCCCCAGUGCUGGGAUUAACCUGGGCAUAGCGGCUGCCUCCGUUUACUGCUGCGACUCCUUCCUCUGCAACAUCAGUGGCUCCAGCAGUGUGAAAGCCAGCUACACAGUCCUGGCCUUGGGAGUCCUGGUUAGCUUCAUCUACAUCCUGAGGGCUCGUGAGUGAUGGGGCUGGCCAAGGAAGAGCCAUCUUGCACGGGCUGUCACAGGUCUCAUUAACCAAUAUCUUCUCUGUCGCUGUCUGCAAGGAGAUCCUCUACUGCUCAGCAGGCUUCCAAGGUGGUUGUUCCCCAGACUUUAUGCUCUUCCAGCAUCAGAGACCUGGGCAGUUUGGCCAAGCUGUUCUCCUCCUUCUGUGGACAUACCCCACUGCACUCUCACACCUCCUUGGCAAAGGUGGAUCAUUUUGGAAGGGUUUCUGCUUUUAUACCUAAUACUACCCCCCUCGUUUCUAAGAUUGAUUAAAACAAAGCUGGGACUCGCUGAGAACCAAUUAACCCCAGAUACCAUCUGGUCAAGUGUUCAGACAUUCCUGCCUCUCACCUCCAUGGAGGUGCCUGGCACUGGUGUGCUCCCAGCACAUGGGUGUUCUGGGCACUGGGAAUGCAUGACCCGAAGGGAGACACAUUCCUGGCCCCUGCAGCUACUGUCUCUUUUUAUAAAAUCGUUUCCGUUUCUUCCGAUCCUGGGCUGAUUUUUCUGGAAAACAAAUGACAUGUACCUUGUCCCUCCGAGCUCUGUAAGUGCCAGACCUGAAUAAACAUGCUCCUGUUGUUACCUGA